UUCAUGGUUUGGCUAUAGUUCUUUCUUUGUUUUACGGAAUGUAAUAAAUUAGGAGUGGCAUUGUUGUUGCAUGACUAUGAAAUGGAUAAAUUUCUCUUAUACAUGGAAUUUGUAUUUAAAUCGAAGUUAACUGUAGCUAUUCUUAUUUUUAAUACAUUUAUAAUAUUCCAUGAACCAAACGAAAGAUUAUGCUUUAUGUUUUCUGAUUUCAGAAUCUUUAUCUCAGUUCCUAUAUCUAAGAAAAGUACACAAGUGAAAUAACUAUUUCCUAAUGAACAAAACUGAUUCUUUUAUUGUUGUCCUUUGUUAUUGUGCAGUUUCAGUUUCUGCACAAAUGAAGAAGAAAACCCAAAAUCUUGUUAAUAAGUCCAAUCUGGAUAUUGAUCUUAAAUAUUUCAUCCAUGAAAGUUCUCUGUUCUUUGACAAGUUGAUUGAGCUCAUCCCUGCUAAGUUCUAUCUUCCAACUGAUGAUAAGGAGAAGAAAUGGUUCCAAGGCCUUAGCAAGGAUGAAAAAGCUUUGGCAAAGAAGGAAUCAAGAGAAAACAUCAAGAAAGCACGGAGAGAGAGGCUAGAUCCACAGAAGUCUUCUACAACUACCCUAGAUUUGCUAAUGAAAAAUUUGGAUAAGGAAAAAGAAAAUGAUGAGAGUGAUGAAGAAGAGGUGGAGAUUAAUCCAAUGAUAUCUGGUCUGGAAGGUGAUGAUCAAUCAGCAACAUAUGAGGAACUCCGGCAACGACUUCAUCGCAAAAUUGAAGAGCUACGAGGAGGUCGAAACAGUAGUGGCUCAAACAAAGUGAAGAAGAAAAAUGAGACAAAAGGAAUUCAGCAAAAGAAACGCAAGAGGGAAUCAGAAUCUGAACAAAAGAAACCCACAAUGAGUACUACAGUGGAAAAAGUCGAGAAGGAUGUAGCUGAGGCUACAAAGGAACUUAAAUUUAGUCAUGUUAAACUUGGGAAUGAAGAAGAGCUUGGAAAGAAGAAGAAGAGGAAAGUUUUGAAGUUGAAGGAACUUGAAAAGGCAAAAAAAUUGGAGGAAGCUAAGAAGGACCCAGAGAAAGGGGACAUUAUCACAAAGAAGCAAUCGUGGAAAGCAGCAACAAGCAGAGCUGCAGGCAUUAAGAUUCAUGAUGAUCCGAAGCUGUUGAAACAGAGCAUAAAGAAGGAGAAGAAGAGGCAUCAAAAGAAUGUUGAGAAAUGGAAGGAGAGGGUUGAAACCCAGCAGAAAAUGAAAGCGGAAAAACAGCAGGCGAGAUCAAAGAAUAUAGCUGAUAGAAUUCACCAGAAAAAGAUGCGGCGGAUUGCAAAGAGAGAGAAAAAGCUGAUGCGGCCAGGGUUUGAAGGUCGGAAGGAAGGUUACAUUAAUGAAGGUACAACUGAAGGUGCCCCAUCUUAGAAGUUUGUAUUGGCAUCUUAAUCUGUCCCCUGUUUUUUCCACACUUGCAAUAGAAUUGGCUUUAGGAACCUGUUCUAAAAGUGUGUUUCCCUCCUUUAAAUCGUAUUAUUUAGUAUUUUUGGUUGCAAUUAUAUUUGAUGGGCUUCAGUGUACUGUCACACCAGAAUGAACAUGUAACAUCGUCAUUUUUUUUACACCUUUCAUAUGUUUCUCUUGUUUAAAGAUUCUAGUGUCAAUUGAUGCCUCUAUUUCACAUUACA